AGCACCUCUUCGGUUAAUACGGCCUCCUUCAUGGUCAUUAUUCCGACACUGUGACAGCUUUGACAAUCAGAGUAACCUUUGUCGGGAUUAGUACAAACGUUCAGAUGGUAUUGAUCAUUCUGAACGGAAAUCUGAUCCAAUUGUAUUAUUCGUUGUAUGGUUUAUCAAACUUCAUGAAAGCAGCAUUGUUGGAAAUGUAUUGGUUCAGACGAUAUUCGGCCAAUAGCAUGAUCUAUGGAUCUCAAUGAUGCAUUGAUAUUUGGACACUGAACCAAAUAAUGGGUUUAUCUCCUUGAUUUUAGGCAGCUUUAAUGGGUGAGCCAGCCAGCCAUCCAGCGUAUUUCCCGUGCCCAUCUUAUUCUCUGCUGAUAUCAAGUGAAGGUAGUGGCUCUUCAUAUCUGAAAAGCGAAUUCAUAACCUUCCAAGUUGGGAAUCUGUGCUGUUGCUCGCAGACUUAAAACUUUCCUCUCUUCUUAGUCCUUUUUCUUUGUUUCCACAAUCAAUACAAAGCAUUUAUGUAUUUACAGUGGUGAAAUGCUUCAUGGAUCAAUUUAAAAGUCAUUGUUAUGGGUAGCUCUCAAUGGAUGCCUUGUCAAGCUACAUGUGGGGAGACUAAUGCAAAAGACUAGUGCAAGAGACUAGUGAAAGAGACUAGUGAAAGCGCUAGUCCUAUAUACAGCCACUAAUCAUCGUUCUCAUUAUAAAUUAAGACAGGCUGUGAUGUCAUCUAGAUACACGUAAACAAUAUCCUAUUUCAAAAUUGAUCAACCUACAACAAAAAGCUUUUCAGCAUUGGCCAUCUCAAAUAAUACCAAUAACUUAAAAGACUUCGACUUUCUGCAAACAGGUAUGUAUUAUUUUCGACAGUGUCCAUUUCCAUCAAUAUUGAAAUCCUCAAUCCCUUAUACAAAAAUCACCACUCGUGGACUCGAUUCCAUCUAUCACCACACAAUCAUGUCUAACAAUGAUGUUCAUCAGUUAUCGAUCCUCAAAGAUCAAGUCGACGAUAUGGUUAAAGCCGCUGAGAUCCAGCAAGAGCGAAUCGAUGAUCUGCAGGGCAGGGUCGAUAAUCUCAACAACAGACGUUUUCAGGAUGCUAUUCAGAACAACAUCACUUUGAACCAACAACUCGACGCCCAGCGCCGACAACUCGGGGCUGACCACCAACAACAACUCAACGCCCAGCGCCGACAACUCGGGGCUGACCACCAACAACAACUCAACGCCCAGCGUCAACAACUCGAGGAUGAUCACCAACAACAACUCGACGCCCAGCGCCAACGAGCUAAGGUGCGACGUGAACGAGCUAGGGCGCGACGUGAACGAAAACUUGACGCCCAGCGCCAACAACUCGAGGUUGACCACCAACAGCAACUCGACGCCCAGCGCCAACGAGCUAAGGCGCGACGUGAACGAAAACUUGACGCCCAGCGCCAACAACUCGAGGCUGACCACCAACAACAACUCGAAGCCCAGCGCUGACGAGCCUAGUCGCUGUUCUGUUACUGUUCUAGUCGCAGUCGUUGUUUUGGGCGGCUUUUCCGGCGCUCUUUCCCAUCAUAGGGAAGGGCUAUUUGAACAGAUAUGGAGGUUUAGCGAAGAUUCUUCUUGAGGUUAUUUAUGGUCCAUGGCACACAUUUUCUGGCAUACUCGUUUUGGGUGAUGCUUUCACAGUACCGCUGGACCUCCGCCCCCACUAAAUUCGAGUUUCUGCGUUUCUGGAGUCAAUAAAGGGCUGGUGUAAUUUAUCAGGAUGACGCAACAUAACGGAGGAACCUUUUUUCUUGCCACCAAUGGCAUGCCCCUCAUUCAAGGGAUAAUGGUUCAUUCUUUUUAUAUUUUCUUUUUGCGCCAAAUUCCUAAUUAGCUAGGCCUUGAGCCCCUUAUCUACAAUUUCCAUUUGUAGGUUGUAAAGCAU